AUGGACUGCGAGGCCAAGAAGGGGAAGAAGGGCUUCGUGUCGCCCAUCAAGCGGCUGGUUUUCCCCAAGGCGGCUCGGAGGCCGGCGCUCCGCAGCAGCGUCUACCGGCGGCCGCUGCACUCGGUGCCCCUCUACCCCCCCGACUACCUGAUCGACCCCCAGAUCCUGCUGCACGACUACGUGGAGAAGGAGGUGAAGUUUUUAGGCCACCUGACAUGGGUGACAGCCUCCCUGAACCCCUCCAGCCGGGAUGAGGUGCUGCAGCUGCUGGACACGGCCAGGCAGCUGAAGGAGCUGCCGCUGCAGACGACGCCGGAGCAGGACAGCAUCCUCAGCCUCUCCGCACGCUGCCUCCUGCUCACCUGGCGCGACAACGAGGAGCUGAUCCUGCGCAUCCCCACCCACGAGAUCGCCGCAGCGUCCUACCUGCGUGACGACGCCCUGCACCUCCUCAUCCUCAAAACCGGCCUGGGAGUGGACCCGGUCCCCGCCGGAGCGCAUCCCGAGGCAGCCCCGGUGGGCAUGCCGGAGGCUUUCCCCGCCGAGAAGCGGCCGGGGGGCUCGUGGCCGGAGGGGGGGCGGCUGGGGGGCCCGAUGGAGCGGCGGCACACCAUCUGCAGCCUGGACUGGCGGGCGGCGCGGGGCGGGCAGGAGGGCCGGCAGGGCGGCAGCCUGGAGCGGCGGCGGGGCGGCAGCUGGGAGCGGCGGCAACGCGGGCGGCCUUCGGGCAGCUGGGAGCGGCGGCAGCCCUGCGGCGGCAGCUGGGAGCGGCGGCGGGCCGGCACCGCCGGCGGCAGCUGGGAGCGUGGCACCGGCUUCGGCAGCUGGGAGCGGCGGCACGCCGGCAGCAAUCCCCUGGACCCCCAGGAGCCCUGCCCCGACGCCUACUCCAACCUCAUCAUCCUCGCCGUGCCCAACAGGGAUGCCGCCGAGGAGUCCUGCGCGCUCAUCUGCCAGGUCUUCCAGAUCAUCUACGGGGACCAGAGCAUCGAGUGCGUGGACCGCGCCGGGUUCCACUACACCUCCACGCCCACGCGGCCCUGGCUCUCCAGCCGGAGCGAGAGCUGCCGCACAGAUGGGACGUACGGCUACGAUGCCGACUUCAGCUGCUGCAGCUCCUUCAACGGCUCCCACGAGACCUUUGAAGCGUAUUACAGCGGCGCCUCCUCACCCUCCUUCCACCGGUCCCACCACAGCCUGGCCACCGCCUGCAGCGGCAGCGACCAGAGCGGCACGGGGCUGGAGCAGCUGCAGGACUACAUGGUGACGCUGCGCAACAAGCUGUCGCCGCAGGAGAUCCAGCAGUUCGCCCUCCUGCUCCGCGAGUACCGCCUGGGCACGCCGGUGCAGGAGUACUGCGCCGAGCUCCUGCGCCUCUACGGGGACCGCAGGAAAUUCCUCCUCCUGGGAAUGAGGCCCUUCAUCCCCGACCAAGACAUCGGGUACUUCGAGACCUUCCUGGAGAGCAUCGGCAUCCGGGAGGGCGGCAUCCUCACCGACAGCUUCGGCCGCAUCAAGCGCAGCAUGAGCAACACGUCGGCCUCGGCCGUGCGCAGCUACGACAGCUGGUCCCUGCGCUCCGAGUCCGAGUCCUUUAACCGCAUGAUCACGGACAUCACCCACGACAUCGAGGCGCUGGCGCGGGACGAGGAAGAGGAGGAGGAGGAGGAAGAGGACAACUACCUGUGAGAGAGUGCCGAAACCCAGCAGUUCCCUCCCCGCUCGCUGAUGCAGUGCUGCACCUCCAAGCCCAGACUUGCCAGGUGCCCAGCUCUGCCCCGAUGCCUGGGAGGGGGGACAUUGUCCCCCCCCUUUGUCACUGUGGGAGGGGACAGGGGCUCUGCACCGCCCUGGAAACUCUUGGCAGGGCUGAUGGCAUCGAAGGGCAGCCGUGGCAGUGGGGGAGCCCCUGGCCGGCAGCGCCAUGUGCUGUAAU